GAGAGGGUCGCCAUCCUUGGGGAGACAAGUCUGAAUGCUGUAGAAGAGGACACUACAAGUACUCUAACCCAUUUAUAACGUCGCCGCCAGUCCUGGCUUUACUACCGCUUCGGUCUUACGACUUUUCUCUCCUUCUUCUUCCUUUCUCUUUCCUCUUCUUUCCUCUUUCACCACCACCACCACCACCACCACACACACACACACACCACCUCCACCACCUUAACCGCCACUAACCACUACUCUCUUCUCUUCCCCUCUCAUCCCUCUCUCCCUUCCGCCCUUUACUCCCGCCUAUUUUCUACUACUUGGUGCUAUCUCCAACGCAACACUCUAACCUUCUCUGUCCUCCCUGCCCAUAAUGUCGCGGACAAGAGUUUUGCUCGUCGGUGCCGCCGGUGAAACUGGUGGUUCCAUCGCCAACGGUCUGCUGGAGAACCCGGUUUUUGAACUCUACGCUCUCGUCCGUCACCGAUCCGUCCAGAAACCCGCCAUCGUCUCUCUGCAGGAACGAGGUGUCCAAAUCCGCAAAUGCGACCUCAAGGGCCCCGAAGAGGCCCUCGCCAAUGCUCUCCAGGGUAUCGACAUUGUCAUCAGCUGUGUCGGCCCGGCUGAGCAGCAAGAUCAGAUCCCUCUCGCCAAAGCCGCAAAGAAGGUUGGCGUCAAGCGUUUCGUUCCCUGCGGUUUCAUCACGGUCGCCCCUGCCGGUGGAAUCAUGUGGCUGAGAGAUGAGAAAGAAACCGUCUACAACCACAUUAAGCAACUCCACCUGCCCUACACCAUCGUCGAUGUCGGUUGGUGGUACCAGCUCUCCUACCCUCGUCUUGAAUCUGGCCGGGUCGACUACGCCAUGACCACAGCCAACAAUGAGCUCGUGGGCGACGGUGACAUUCCGACCGCCAUCACAGACCUGAGAGACAUUGGUCGCUACAUGGCCCGCAUCAUCCUCGAUGACCGCACUUUGAACAAGAUGGUUUUUGCCUACAACACUGUUGUCACCCAGAACCAGAUCUACGACAUUCUCGAGGAUAUUAGUGAGGAGAAAAUUAACCGCAACUAUAUCUCGGAGGAAAUGGUCUACAAUCGGGUUCUCGCAGCCAGACAGUCCAGUGAAACAUACCCCUUCGACCCUGUCAAAUUCAUCCCGCGAUAUCUCGCCGAAUACCAGCUGUCAUGGGGUCUCCGCGGUGACAACACCCCCGACUUUGCCAAGUACUUGGGUUACCUGACCUCCAAGGAACUCUACCCUGACUUCCAACCCACCGAUUUCAAGGAUUAUCUCCAGAGUGUCAUUGGCGGUACGGCCAAGGGUGUCUACACCGAUCGGAUCAUCUCCAGAGCCCACCAGCGGGCAUUCCCUCGAUCCGAGUCGAGCGACUCUCUAUACACUCGCAUCUUCCCUCGAACCGAAUCUAGUGAUUCCCUCUACAUGUCCAGAUAGAACUUCGUUCCAGGAAUAGCCGUUCGUCGAUCCACAUGGGUUCUUUAUCCCCCUUCCGCAAAUAUGAUGUAUUUAUGAGUCU